AAUAAAUUGCCGUUAGUGCAGCGGAAAUUCUUUGGCCAUUUGGCAGUGAAAGUGUGCGAAAAAGAAAGUUUAUUUUACUCACUUCGCAUUUGGCAACUUGCAAAUUUUUGGUUAAUGUGAAAGCCAGCGUAGAAUAUGAAAAAAGGCUUCGUUUAUGUUUUGUUAAUAUUACAGUUUGUCUUUCUGGGCACAGCAACUUUCUCAGAAUUGAAUAAUUCGGAUCCAAAAUUCAGUGGCCCCAUCAACAAUGUAACUGUGCCCGUGGGACGCGAUGCGCUGCUCACGUGCAUCGUCCACGAUCUGGUUAGCUAUAAGGUGGCCUGGCUAAGGGUCGAUACCCAGACGAUACUGAGCAUUCAGAAUCAUGUCAUUACCAAGAAUCAUCGCAUUGGCAUCUCGCACACUGAGCAUCGCAUUUGGCAGCUGCGUAUACGCGAUGUUCACGAAUCGGAUCGCGGCUGGUACAUGUGCCAAAUAAACACGGAUCCCAUGAAGAGUCAAAUGGGUUACUUGGAUGUGGUGGUGCCACCCGACAUUGUGGACUACCAAACCAGUCAGGAUGUGGUCCGAUCCAGUGGCCAGAACGUAACGCUCACCUGCAGUGCGACAGGUGUUCCACUGCCAACAAUUACCUGGCGACGAGAGGAGAACUCUCCGCUCUUGGUAAUGCCGGAGGGGGCGCCAGAGGACAGCGAAGUCUAUAGCUUGGAGGGGCAGAAUCUGACACUGUGGCAGCUUCAGCGCGUCCACAUGGGUGCCUAUCUCUGCAUCGCCUCGAAUGGAGUGCCGCCAACAGUGAGCAAACGCGUCAUGUUAGUUGUAAAUUUUGCUCCCACCAUCUGGACGCGAUACGAUACGAUCUAUGUGGGAUUGGGACAGAAGCUGACGUUGGAAUGCGUUAGUGAAUCGCAGCCAGCAUCUGUCAACUUUUGGAUUAAGGAUAAAGAUCUGCUUCAAGGUGGCACCUACGAGUCCAUGGCCGUGGAUCAUGUGCAUCGCAUUGUCAUGCGUCUCACGAUACGUCCAGUGAGCAAGCGAGACUUUGGCGAGUACAAAUGCAUUGCCAAGAAUGCAAUCGGAGAGACAGAACGCAGUAUUACAUUACACCAUAAGGCCAAAAAGCAUGUACAGCAUUCACAUCAAACAUCAACACGUGACAAUCAGUACAUUGUCAUAGAAGAGUACACGACGAACAUUGCUCACAACUCGAAGACACAAGAAACUCAUCCCCAAACAUAA